AUGACGGAACUAUCCCACCUGAAUCUAUCAUCUCCCUCGUACACUCAACGCAGAUCGCUUCCUGCACUUGCAUCCACAUGCCGCGCGUUUAAGCACCCAGCACUUAAUGCCCUGUGGAGGGAUCUGCAGUCCGUGAAGCCACUUGUCAAAUGUUUACCAAGUGACCGGUUUGGCGUUGGUCAUAAAGGAGCGGUGGUAUCACAGAAACCUCUCGACGACGGGAUGUGGGCUACUCUUUUCGAAUACACGUCCCGCGUGCACUCAAUCACUGUAUCGGAAUCAGACAACUUGGCCAUUAUCGAGCCCCUCUGUAUGCUCAUGUUGUCUUGUUCUUCGGCACCUGCAUCCUUGUUUCCGAACCUUAGCAAAUUACAAUGGCGUGGCAGUGGAACCCACUGCGCUGCAGAGUUCUUGCGCAUGGCGUUUGUACCGUCCUUAGUGGAGUUGGACAUGCAGAUUUCCAUACCUUCCUUUGCCUUUCUAUCGGUCCUUUCCUCUCUUGGGAGCUCGUGUCCUCACCUCCACAACAUGACUAUGAACGUUCGAAGUGCAUCUGAUGGCUCAUUGCUUAAAAUUUCACCCUUCAUCCUACGACCUAUCUCUCAGCUCUACCAUCUUCAUUCAUUAUCCGUGUGGGACCUAGGAAUCCAAAGCAUCAAGCAUUACAUGGAGCUGCGAGCUCUGCAGUCACUGAGCUUGGACUUGACAACAUCUUCCGAGUCAACUUGGGACACAAAGUUGCUUCCACCAUUACCCGGCUUUCAUAAUUUGAAAUUGUUGGACCUUUCCACCUGUAAAGUCGAGCACGCCUCGAACUUCUUGAGCUCAUUUGAGGUCGUCAGAAGCAAAGAAAUCAAGGUCAAAUUCGCGGAUUGGAGUGCGGACUCCUCCGGGAGUGAAUCUACAAUGAUAUCCCAGUUCUUCGCCAUCGUUCAGGAGAGAUGCGAUAACGACAAACUUGAAAUCGUCAGCCUUGAUGGAGUUUUUUCAAGACAGGCAACCAACCGGAACUUCCUCAGACCAUUGCACGCAUGCCACAAUUUAACUCGACUGCUUGUUGGGAGGGUCUGCGACAUUUCCAUGUCCGACAAGGAGUUGUGCCAGCUCGCAAUAGCCUGGCCUAAGCUCCAAUUAUUCCAAAUUCAGUGCUAUGCCGCCGAUAAAACAAAACCGACAUUCCGUGGGCUAAUUGAUUUACUUCGGCGCUGUCCUGCUUUGACUUCGCUCGUUCUUGCCAUAGAUACCACCCAGUUGAAAGGCAUAGAUCUCAGGUGCCCCGGUGGUGGAAUUCGCAACAAGCAUAUCAAAUUCCUCGCCCUGGGAAUUUCACGCAUCGAGGCCCCAGUGGACGUAGCUCUCAUCAUCAGCGGCCUCUUCCCCUACUUGAAGAAGGUCGAUCUUGAUUGUUGGGAUACGCGUUUCAGGGCCCAGCAGCAGUCAGAGAUGGAGCAAUGGGCGUUAGUCAAUAGCAUUAUUGGUGGCUUCAGCGUUGUAAGGGAGCGGGGCAUUGAAGCAUCUGACUGCUAG